AUGGCGUAUGAUCGACUCUCCAGUCUUGAGGCCGGCCAAAGCGGCGCCGGCUACACCGACGACCCUGCAUUCCAGGACCUCCAAUACGAGCUGAAGAACAAACUACAGUCGUUGUUGAGCAAUAACCGCAAGCUUGCCAACGAUGUCAACGUCCUGGGGACGAAGAAAGAUACCCCUCGCCUGCGGGAGCGGGUUCACAACACAAUGGAGAAGUCUCGGGAAAUCUGCAAGGAUAUUGGUGAUGGAGUGAAGAAACUACAGACGUGGGACGAUCUAACUAAACAACAAAAAUACGAACAGACAAAGGUCUCGAGCGAUUUUCAGACUGCGCUCCAAGAGUUCCAGAGCUUGCAAAGAAGGGCCCUGGAAAAGGAGCGCGCAUCCGUAACUGCAGCUCGCGAACAGCAGGCAUCCGAAAUUACCGGCGACGGGGGUGAGGAACAGCUGCAGCUGCAACAACAACAGCAGGUUUCGCAACUAGCCCCGCAAGAUGAGGUGGAUUUCCAAGAGGCUUUGAUCAUUGAGCGAGAAGAGGAGAUUCGAAAUAUCGAGCAGGGUGUCGGCGACUUGAACGUGCUAUUCAAGCAGGUGGCACAGAUUGUUACCGAGCAGGGCCAGCAGCUCAUUACCAUCUCCGACAACGUGGAGAAUGUUCACGAGAGCACCCGCGGCGCCGACGUAGAGACUCGCCAAGCAGCUCGAUACCAAAAGGCCGCUCGCAACAAGGGCUGUUGUUUGCUGCUAAUCCUGGCCGUCAUUUUGACCAUCGUUAUUCUAGCGAUUGUUGUUGGCUAA